GCUAAAGUAGAGGAGAAAGAGUCCCACAGAAAGUGUUGCGCCUAUUUAUUAUAUUUUAUUUGGUAGUAAGGAGCCCCUCAUUUCGCUUCUCUCUAAAUUUCCCUCCAAUUCUCUCCUCCCUUUUGUCGUCGCCAUAGAUCUGUUGCCUUCUGUAUCGGAUCGAUCAAUAAGCAAUCACCAGAUCUCAGAUAAUUUUUGGAAAAGUUAGUUAAUUGAUAUUCAUGGAAACUUCUGUUGUUGGUGUUGCAAGAAAGGAGGAAAAUGGAGAUGUAGUAGAGAAGAAGCCUACAGUUGUUUUUGUUUUGGGUGGCCCAGGCAGCGGAAAGGGAACCCAAUGUGCAAAUAUUGUGGAGCACUUUGGCUAUACUCAUCUCAGUGCUGGGGAUCUUCUUCGGGCAGAAAUCAAAUCUGGCUCUGAAAAUGGAACCAUGAUUCAGAAUAUGAUUAAGGAGGGUAAGAUUGUGCCCUCAGAGGUAACAAUCAAGCUUCUUCAAAAAGCAAUGCAGGAAAGUGGCAACGACAAAUUUCUGAUCGAUGGUUUUCCUCGUAAUGAGGAAAACCGUGCAGCAUUUGAAUCUGUUACCAAAAUUGUGCCAGAGUUUGUUUUGUUCUUUGAUUGUUCUGAAGAAGAGAUGGAGAGACGUCUUUUGAGUAGGAACCAGGGAAGAGUAGAUGAUAACAUUGAGACAAUAAGGAAGCGGUUUAAAGUUUUUCUAGAGUCUAGUAUCCCAGUGGUGGAGUACUAUGAAUCCAAGGGGAAAGUUCGGAAGAUUGAUGCUGCUAAAUCAAUUGAGGAGGUCUUUGAGGAUGUUAAAGCCAUUUUUGCUCAAAAAGAUGAGAAGGACUCUGUUUAGGUGUUGCAACUGUCCCAGUGAUACUGAAUCCAAUAUCUAGUAAGGUGUUGAUGGUAUGUGUUGUGGGCAUUUGUGGGACAGGUUUGGUGAUAGUUUAUUACGUUAAAAGGAGGGGUAUAUAACUCCUCAUUAUUGUUACUGAAUAAGGAUAUUCACAAGUAAUAAAUGGGGGCGGGGCGGGGCAGGGCAGGACAGGGCAGCAUCAGCAUAGCUCUUCUUAUUUCUUUCAAUCCUUUAUCGGACUUUAGCAUUGGCGAGCACUAUUACUGAUAGCGUGGGUAGUAAACGGAACAGAGGAGGAGGCUCUUUUAAGAAUCUAUCUAUAUUGUCCCAUUCGGACGCACCAGCCACCACUCUGAUUCCACUUUUCCAUCCACGCUAAAUUAUUAUGUCCUUUUUAGUUUGAAAAAUAAAACCAUGUUUUCUUAUAUUUACUAGAUUUAUGUUAAAUAGUACAUUUAAUAGAAAAUAUAUACUUUAUUUCAUUA